UCCAGCCGAAGCAUCUCCAGGAGGCCUUCUCCGGAUGCCGCAUCAAGGCUGCCCAUCUGCCACAGCACGGAGCUGGUGAUCCCGGAGCACGUGGACAUGGCUUUGCUCAGCAGCAUCCUAGCAGCCUAUUCCGUUGUCUCAGAGAAUCCUGAGCGGGCAGCUCUGUACUUUGUCUCUGGCGUGUGCAUUGGGCUGGUCCUCACUCUGGCUGCCUUGGUGAUCAGGAUCUCUUGCCACACAGACUGCCGGCAGCAUCCCCAGAAGAAGUUCGUGCAGGACGGAGAAAGCAGCGACUGCAGCGACAGCGAGGACGGCAGCUCAGACGCGGCAUCCGAUGCCUCGGUCAGGAGACACCGCCGCUUCGAGAGGACUUUGAACAAGAACGUCUUCACCUCGGCAGAGGAGCUGGAGCGCGCCCAGCGGCUAGAGGAGCGGGAACGCAUCAUCAGGGAGAUCUGGAUGAAUGGCCAGCCUGAGGUCCCCGGCACCAGGAGCCUGAACCGCUACUACUAGGAGCAGACAGGGGCCCGCACCGCCCUGGAAGCCUCCUGGAAGAGAAGGGUCCACAGGGGCGGUGAGCGCAAAGGGCUGCGCGCAGUUCUGCUACUCUGGCCAGAGGCAAGCAGGACACUCCCAUUUUCCAGCCAGGAGGACUGGCUUCUCUCUUCUGACUAAACUUAAGGGAGAAGUAGAAAAGCGGAGGUGGUUCAUCUCUCCAGGUCUUGUAAUGGUGCUGAAAACCCUCACCAACAAUGUGCAUGGAGAUCAGAAAAACAACUGUGGUUCUCUUUGAAUUCUGAGGAUCUCAGAAGCUUCUGCAGACUUCACUGUUAUAUGUUAUUUCUUUACAAAAGGAAAUAUAACAUGAGUGCGAGGAAGAGCAGGGUUGACUUAACCCAGUGAAUGCAAUUUUCUUAAUGACUCCAUGCUAUGGAGAUGAUUUUGAUCCACACAGCAUGAUCCAUGCAUAUUAUUUAAGUCUGAUUCUUUAAAUCUCGUGUUGCAGUGACAACCUCGUCCAUUUUAACUGGCACCUCAGGGAUUAAAAUCCUAUAUUUUUAAUUACAGUUCCCACUUCUCAUGAAAAUUAAUAAUGUAUUAGAGAUGUGUCAGUGAAAUAGAAAAGUGUAAAUAACCUCAAAAGAUGAAGGGUUUUAUGUUAAAUAGCUUAUAAAGAAUAUAUUAAGAUACAUACUUGAAAAUGCUGCACAAGAAUAAAAGCUGUGUUUUUCCCCCUUUUGGAGAGAAAAAAAUUUUGUGAUGACUCUAGAUAAUUAUGAUUUUAAACAUUUUGUUAAAAAAUAUUUUUGGAUUUUUAAGAGAAGAAUGGGAAUGGGAGGUAAGGAAUAAAGCCAAAUUAGGUUGGGGUGAAAAAUAAAUGUUACAUAA